UCUCACAGUCGAUCACUCACUCGUACUCGGGAAGGUUGUGAAUACUCCGUCCUACCUCACCAUGAAUAAGAAUUAACACUCUCCGAGACACGCACCAGUGAGGACAGACGUGCAGAGAGGCGAAGCAUGGUCUGGACUACCCGUGUGGUGAGAAAAGAGCUGAUUGAAGGAGAGGGAGUGGAGAGGUCAGUGUUGCAUGAUGGAAGAUGACCCUCCUUCAGGCAUUGAGUGUUGCGUUGACCAGUACAUUCAGGACCCCAACGAUAUCAGUUAUGUUGCAGAUGAAGACACUGAUGUAGAAUUUCAGGGAGAAUCAGACCCCCUCCUCCGGCCCUCCCGUCCUGCUCCUCGGGGCCGGGUGGUGUACUUUUGUUUCCUGCUGCUGGGUCUGGGAACACUGCUGCCAUGGAACUUCUUCAUCACUGCACAGUCAUACUGGGACUUCAAGCUGGAGAACAAAACAGGCAAUGGAACACGGACACAUUUACAAGACUUGUACACACCCCUGCAAGUCUGCCUUUCUCAGAUACCCAAUUUUAUAUUCUUAUUUAUUAAUGCACUCUUCAGUCACAAGAUCCCUCAGCGAAUCAGGCUCCUUGUCUCUUUGACAUUAAUGAUCCUGCUUUUCUGCAUCACCACUGUGUUCACCCAAGUGAAUACUAAUGAGUGGCAGGUUGGCUUCUUCACCCUCACCAUGAUCAUCAUCAUCCUUAUCAACAGUGCCGGUGCUGUCUUCCAAGGUGGCCUGUUUGGUGUGGCAGGAAUGUUCCCCGAGAAGUACAUGACUGCUGUGGUGUCAGGCCAGGCCCUGGGCGGUGUGUUUGCCUCAGGUGCUCGGAUUGUGUCUCUCUCAGUGGGAGCAAAGGAUGAAAAUUCUGCAUUCAUUUACUUCAUGAUUGCUGUUAUCGUCAUGAUUUUCACUUUAAUAGCCUAUUUAUUUAUGUCAAAAACAGAUUUCUACAAGCAUUAUACCAAUUGUCAUAAGGCUGAGAAAGGAUCUGAUGAUGCCCCUCAAACUGAAAGGACAUUUAGUAACCAGGUCCAGAUAUUCAAGGAGAUUUGGCCACUGGGGGUGUCUGUGUGGGGUGUAUUUGCUGUCACACUUGGUGCCUUUCCAGCUCUGUGCGUCAAAAUAAUUUCCACUUCAGAAGAUGAAAUUUGGUCAAAGGUGUACUUCCAGCCAGUUGUUACCUUCCUUUUGUUCAAUAUUGGUGACUACAUUGGACGUCAAGUGGCUGGGUUUGUGAUGUGGCCUCGGCGUGGCUCCUGGAUUCUGUAUGUGAUGGUUGCACUGCGAGUUGUAUUUAUUCCGUUGUUCCUGCUGUGCAACCACAAUCCUAACUCCAGCAUUCCCACAUUGUUUGCUCACGAUUCAUGGUACAUCCUCUUCAUGCUUCUCUUCUCCCUCUCCAAUGGCUACUGCUCAUCACUGUCUAUGAUGUAUGGUCCAAAGAUUGUGACAGAGGACAAAGCUGAGGUUGCCAGCAGCAUGAUGGCAGCCAUGCUGGGCUUGGGCUUGCUGACAGGAGGCCUCUCAUCAUUUGCCUUUGCUCUGAUUAGCUAAGAACACAACUUCCUGGUGGUACAUGACGAUGACUAUUGUGGGGUGAUCAAAUCACCUAUGUAUGCCUUUUGUAAUGAAGGUAGAACAGCCAUUGAGCUCUAAAUGGUACUGAUCCAAGGAAUUUUUACCCGGUAUAUAAUAAGAAAAUUGGCUGUCUCACAAUAGCAGAUUAUUAUACAUUUUGAACGAAUCUGCUAAUAAUAUUCAUUGCAAUUUUUUUUUUUUUUUUUUUUUUUUUAAUUAAUUAAUUUAUUUUAUUUUAUUUUAUUUAAAAAAAAUGCAAAAAAUUGCAUAACUUAUUUUUACAUGAAUUUCAUUGGACUUUUUUAUGUAUUUGUAUCGUGAGGCCCAGUGAUGUGGCAAGCAUGCUCGGCUCCCACCCAAGAGAAAUUGAGUUUUUCAUCCCCAGCCUGCUAAAGACAGAGUGAGAUUAUCUUGUUAAGUCCUAAGCACCCUUCAAAUUAUGUCCUGUACAUAUUUGCUGCUGGGUGAACAGGCCCUACACACUAAGAGUGUCCCCCAUUUGCCUAACUUCACCCAGGACUGGAACCUACGAAUUCUCAGUUGUGACCUGAACAUGCUGACCACUACACUACACUGUGUGUGUGUGUGUGUGUGUGUGUGUGUGUGUGUGUGUGUGUGUGUGGCGUGCUUGGGUGCGUGCACACAUGCACUUACUCCCAACAGUAAAUUAGAGAUAGUCUACAGCUCUUUGCCAUACACUGAAAGAUAAACAUGCUAAGGUAUGGAAGAAAAUGUUUUCAAGAACCUGAAAUAUUGUUGAUAGAUGAUAUGAUAAAACAUUGAAUUUACUAAUGAUAUUCAGUGACAUAAUACUCAUCAUUGUAUAAUUCUUCACUCAUGACAAUGAUGUGCAUUUCAUGGUAUGAAUACGGAGAUUUAGAUGUGUAACUGUACAUGAUGUACCCAGAAUGGCUCUCCAUAGAUAUCCUUGAUAAAGCAUACCACCAAAGUUGUCAAAGAUAGGGAUAACUUUUUUUAGUUGACUCAUCAUCAUCAUCAUCAUCAUAUUGAUCAUCAUCACCUCUGUUGCCAUCACCACUAUCACAUUUCUCCAGCAAGCAAGUGCUGGUGUCCAGACUCCAGGAAGAGGAGUAAAUUAUACAAGCCAAACAAGCUUUCCAGUGUGAUUCAUUGACACAACAUUAGAGUUUGUUAUUUUUAUCAUGGCAUGUAAGGAAAGUAAAAAAAAAAAAAAAAAGAUAUAUAUAUAUAUAUAUAUAUAUAUAUAUAUAUAUAUAUAUAUAUAUAUAUAUAUAUAUAUAUAUAUAUAUAUAUAUAUAUAUAUUACAUAACAGAAAAGCCUCUGAAUUAUUCUGCUUUGAUUAUAAUCAAGAAAACAGUGGCUUUCAGGGGUCAGUAUAUCAGUAUUGCAUAAAAAUGCAUAUUAUAUUUUUAGUCAUUGUGUUGUAUUUGUGUUUUGUUUUAACUGUUACUUUGCACUUAUAAUGCUAAAUAAAUCAUGUGUCAUGGCACAGCAUUUGUUUUUGUUGGCAAAAUACUAUGUUUGUAUUGUGAUCCUUAUAGAAGACUGGGUCUCCUAUCCAUUAGGUCCAUGUGAGCUAAGUAGUGAAAACCAUCCCUUUGUUAAAUAUUUAUUUUCAAUACAAUUUUUGCCUCUAAUUGGACAUUCUCCUUCCCAGUGAAUUUACAAGUUUUGUAUAUCAAGUGGAAACUUACUGAUGUCAAGAAAUGCUUCAUAUAGCUUUUAAACUGUAAAGUGAAAAUAUUGAAUUUCAUCAUAGCUUCAAACUAUAACACAGGUGACAAUUCCAGAUGAAUAUAUGUGUGGUGAGCUUACACAUUUAGCUGCAUGCCUCAAGUAUAAAGGCAGGUUCACACGUGUCAAUUUGCAGCUGAAAUUGCAAGUUGGUAGAGUUUCCAACUGAAUAUUGGUGCCUAGCGACUGGAAAAAACUAGUUGCACAAUUUGUGACUUCGUUUACACAAUGAUGUCACGGAGAAAGGUUUGAAAAUGUGAUGUCGAUGUAGAGAAGGAGAUUUUGGAGUUGAAGAGGGAAAAAGAGCACAUCUGAGACCCUAAAAGUGAAUUAUACAGCAAAAAAAGCUUAUGCAAAAUGGGCGUUCGAUGAGAUAGUUGCCUCUUUCCAGUGACUGCUUCCCUCUAUGCAGGGUGUUGUUGGAGAUGAGGAUUGAAUACUUGUGAUGAUUUACCAGAGGAAGACAAUUUUGCUGGUAACUGUUUGUCUGCAUUUGCUUCUCGCCAACCAGCCGAUACUUCUCAGUCGCUAUGUGUGAACAUGUUUCCACUAGAAGGGCUCAGUUGAUACUUCUAGUGUCUUGCAAUUUCAGUCGCAUAUUGACACGUUGUGAACCCAUCUUAAGAGUGGAUUGUUCCAAUGGACUUAAGCAGGUACUCAGGAAGCUCACUGUCAUGAAUUUAUCAAAUUUCGGGAAAGUAGUCUGUUUGAAAAAAAAAAAAAAAAAAAUAUGUUGAAUCAUAUCUUCCUGUAAAACAAAAUAUAAUUUCUCUAAAUAUG